CUCUUCACCAAUUCUAAGCAAGCAAGCACAACUACUCAAAGCAUCUCACAAACAAUUAAGAAGCUCUUCUAGCUCGCCUACAUUUUUUCUCUUCAAUUCUUGCAAGUUCCUUUUCGCUAAGAAGUUCGAUCACCUUCUUGAUCAAUAAUGGACCGGGUGACGAAGCUGGCUUCUCAGCGUGCGGUGGUGAUCUUCAGCAUGAGCUCCUGCUGCAUGUGCCACACGGUGACACGCCUGUUCCGCGAGCUCGGGGUGAACCCGACGGUGGUGGAGCUGGACGAGGACCCGCGGGGGAAGGAGAUGGAGAAGGCGUUGGCGAGGCUGCUGGGCCGCAGCCCCGCUGUGCCGGCGGUGUUCAUCGGCGGCAGGCUCGCUGGCUCCACCGACAAGGUCAUGUCGCUCCACCUUAGCGGCAACCUCGUCCCGCUGCUGCGGAAUGCCGGCGCGCUCUGGGUGUAGCAGAGUAGCGCCGGCUGCUCUGAAUCACCUCGCUCAUACGUACGCUGGAGAAUAAUUAACGUGUGUGCUUAUUAUCAGGAGAUGGAGGAAAGUGAUUAACUAAGCAGGCCUUUUUUCUGCACUGUAAUAAUAAUCUAUAGAGGGGUGAGUGUUGGAUCAGGGUCUUUCGUACGUGCAGUAAUGAUGAUGCAUAUACACAUGUACUACCUCUUUUUCUUUUGUCUCCCGUACGUAUCAAAUGUUUAAUCAGAGUCAGCAGUUUGAUGCGGCAAA